AAGUGCUGGGAUGUGGCAGCCCAUGCCUCUGGUGUAAAGAGCAUCAGCUCCACCAGGGAAGGCAGCUGAGCCAGGACUCAACCACUCGGACUUACCUGCAACUGCAGAAGCAACAAGGGACCCUUUAAAGAUGUUCGUGGGGCUGUGUAGAAUUAAGAAGCAGACUGAAGAAAGCAACGAAGUAAGGAGAAAGUAUGUUUCCCAGGUUUAAUAGAGAAAACAACUGCAAAAGCUACCCUGAGACUCUUUCUUUGGCUCUCAUGGAGUUGCUGGAACUUGCACUGUGAGACCCUGGAUGGGACAGGCUCUCACCUGCUGACUACCCAGUGUGACUGUCACCAUGGCCAGUAAGAGGAAGUCCACCACACCGUGCAUGAUCCCGGUGAAGACUGUGGUGUUGCAGGAUGCCAGCACCGAGGCCCAGCCUGCUGAGACCUUGCCCGAAGGACCCCAGCAGGACCCACCCCCAGAAGCACCUGCCGCCAGCAUUGAGGCAGCCUCUAACCCCAGUAGUACCGAUGGCUCUGCACUGGCCAACGGGCACCAGAGCACUUUGGAUGGCUAUUCAUAUUCCUGUAAAUACUGUGACUUCCGGUCCCAGGAUAUGACCCAGUUUGUGGGACAUAUGAACUCAGAGCACACAGACUUCAACAAAGACCCAACUUUUGUAUGCACUGGGUGCAGUUUUCUGGCAAAGACCCCUGAGGGGCUUUCCCUGCACAAUGCCAGGUGUCACUCGGGGGAAGCCAGUUUCCUGUGGAAUGUGGCCAGGCCAGACAAUCAUGUGGUUGUGGAGCAGAGUGUCCCUGUCCCCGAGAGCACCGGCACCCCUGACCUCACUGGGGAGCCCACUGCUGAGGGGAGCGAUGGCCAGGCAGAAAUCAUCAUCACCAAAACCCCAAUCAUGAAGAUAAUGAAAGGCAAAGCCGAAGCCAAAAAAAUCCACACGCUCAAGGAGAACGUGCCUGGCCAGCCUGUGGGCGAGGCCUUCCCAAAGCCAGUAGCUGGAGAAACAGAGGCAAAAGAGGGGGACCACUCCUUUGUCAACGGGGCGGUACCAAUCAGCCAGGCCUCUGCCAGCUCCGCAAAACCACCCCACGCCGCCAAUGGGCCCCUGAUGGGCACCGUGCCGGUUCUGCCGGCCGGGAUAGCACCAUUCCUCUCCCUGCAACAGCAGCCGCCCGCACACAGCCAGCACCACAGCCACCAGCCCCUGCCCACAUCUAAGACCCUCCCCAAGGUGAUGAUCCCCCUGAGCAGCAUUCCAACGUACAACGCAGCCAUGGACUCCAACAGCUUCCUGAAGAACUCCUUCCACAAGUUCCCCUACCCAACCAAAGCCGAGCUCUGCUACCUGACGGUGGUGACCAAGUACCCAGAAGAACAGCUCAAGAUCUGGUUCACAGCCCAAAGGCUGAAGCAAGGAAUCAGCUGGUCCCCAGAGGAGAUCGAAGAUGCUAGGAAAAAGAUGUUCAAUACCGUCAUCCAGUCUGUUCCUCAGCCCACGAUCACGGUUCUGAACACUCCCCUGGUCGCCAGUGCCAGCAAUGUCCAGCACCUCAUCCAGGCCGCCCUCCCGGGCCAUGUUGUGGGGCAGCCCGAGGGUACAGCGGGGGGCCUUCUGGUCACGCAGCCCCUCAUGGCAAAUGGGUUGCAAGCACCUAGCUCAUCUCUCCCCCUCGCGGUGACAUCUGUCCCCAAGCAGUCCACUGUGGCACCCAUUAACACGGUGUGCUCCAAUACAACGUCGGCCGUAAAGGUGGUCAACGCUGCCCAGUCGCUCCUCACAGCGUGCCCCAGCAUCACCUCCCAGGCCUUCCUUGAUGCCAGCAUGUAUAAAAAUAAGAAAUCUCAUGAGCAGCUGUCAGCUCUGAAAGGGAGCUUCUGUCGGAACCAGUUCCCAGGGCAGAGUGAAGUCGAGCAUCUGACCAAAGUGACCGGGCUUAGUACCAGAGAGGUGCGGAAGUGGUUCAGCGAUCGGAGAUACCACUGCCGGAACCUGAAGGGCUCCCGCACCAUGGUGCCCGGGGAGCACAGCUCCAUCGUCAUCGACUCUGUGCCAGAGGGGCCCUUCUCCCCAUCAUCCAAGGCCCCCGAGGUGACCUGCAUUCCGACAACCACACUGGCCACCCACCCUUCAGCCAAACGGCAAUCCUGGCACCAGGCUCCCGACUUCACACCAACCAAAUACAAGGAGCGAGCCCCCGAGCAGCUCAGAGCACUGGAGAGCAGUUUUGCACAAAACCCCCUUCCCCUUGAUGAGGAAUUGGACCGCCUGCGAAGCGAAACCAAAAUGACCCGGAGAGAAAUUGACAGCUGGUUUUCAGAGAGACGAAAAAAAGCACAUGCCGCGGAGCCCAAGAAGGCUGAUGAGAGUGCCUCUCAGGAGGAAGAGGCUGCUGAAGAUGAGGGCAGAGAAGAGGCCAGCGAGCUGAGGGCCCCUGGUGAAAACGGCUCCCCAGACAUGGCCAGCAGCCACAGCUUGGCAGAGCGUAAAGUCAGCCCCAUCAAAAUCAACCUCAAGAACCUGCGGGUCACUGAGGCCAAUGGCAAGGGUGAGCUGCUGGCACUGGGUGCCUUCGAACCUGAGGACGAGGGGUCAAACAAGGGGGUGGAGCAGCCCCCCGGCAAGGUGACCUACAAAAAGACGGCCCAGCAACGGCAUUUGCUGCGGCAGCUCUUUGUCCAGACACAGUGGCCCAGCAACCAGGACUACGACUCCAUCAUGGCCCAGACAGGCCUGCCACGGCCAGAGGUGGUGCGCUGGUUCGGAGACAGCAGGUACGCCCUGAAGAACGGCCAGCUCAAGUGGUACGAAGAUUAUAAACAUGGCAACUUCCCACCAGGGCUGCUGAUCAUUGCCCCUGGCAACCGGGAGCUGCUGCAAGACUAUUACAUGGCACACAAGACGCUGUACGAGGAGGACCUGCAGAGUCUCUGUGACAAGACCCAGAUGAGCUCCCAGCAGGUCAAGCAAUGGUUUGCUGAAAAAAUGGGCGAGGAGACCCGGGCCGUGGCAGACACAGGCAGUGAGGACCAGGGCCCUGGCACUAGUGAGCCCGUGGCAAUUCACAAAGGGAUGGGUGACACCUAUUCGGAGGUGUCCGAGAACAGUGAUUCAUGGGAGCCAGGUGCCCCUGAGGCCAGCUCAGAGCCCUUUGACACUUCAAGUACCCAGACUGGCCUUCAGCUAGAAACAGACUGAAUUGGACCACAUGACUGUGAAGGACUGGCCAGUCCGGGAUGCUGCCUGCCACAUGGAAGGGCCAACCCCGACUCUGCUGCCACCACAUGCUGUUCCCAUGCCCCGCUGCUGGGUACCCAAGAGAGCUUCCAGAGGCCUCACAGACACCCUGGAGUCCGCCACCACCACCUUGGCCCACCCCACCAAGCGAGCAGCAAGGCUGGGUUCUCAGUUCUCCCUCCCACAAUGCAGGACCUUUCCUUUGCUCCCAGUGGAUAAACUAGCUCAGAUUUCGUAUUCAUAGACACAGAAUCAAGUUUUUAGCAUACACGCCCGCCUAUAUACAUUUAAUAAAACAUCAGAAUAUAAACACUUCAUUACAUAGACAUGUUGGUUAGCCAAGCAAUACGUUUUUACAUCAUCUCUGAAAAUGCCGCGUGUCUGUUCUCUGGGGACUGCUGGGGCCACAGAUGCCCCUCCUCCCCCACAGUCUGGUGGGUGAUGGGCACUAUCAGAAUGACAUCUGGCGCCUAGGUGUCCUCCUUGGCACUCCUCAAGGAAGCAGCACCUUGGAAGGGUUCGCUGCUGCAUGUGGUGCCCGGCUCGCCCAGGGGCUGACCAGGGCAGAACCUGCUGUGACUGGGUUCAGUGACCGGCCACAUGGUUAGUGUAGGUGCUCACCACCCUCAGUACUCAUUGCCGCAAUUCUUUUUCACAGGAAUUUGGAUCAUGGACCAUAACUUUCAAAGUUAUCAUGGGGCUUCCUUUGUUGAGAAGCCAAUGCGCCAACCUAUGUACCUGCCUUUUUUCUUUUUAGACACAUUUAGAGAGGAAAGUGGGAGAAAGAAAUGGAUGUGAUAGAUGGAAGAUGGUGCAUGCACAGCCUGUAGCCUUAGCACUGUGGUUUCUGGAGCCCUUUCUUUCUCAUUCACUUCAGAACUUCCUGUGGUUUGGGAGGAAGAAGAUAGUGCCCAGUAGUAACAGUGAGGGCUGAAGAGAUUCGGGGACUUUUGGGAAUCAUUGGAGCCAGGGCAGUUUCCAGCACAGAGACGUGCAUGUGGGAAAAUGUUCCCCCAACCACAGGCCCGGCUGUGUGCUAGACGCAUGCUUCGAGCCACUGGGCAUUUCUGGGUGGGUCCUUCCUUGAGAGGAUGUCUUCAAAGUUCUGUAUUCAUGUAUCCCCAACCUGGGGAAGCAGAGCUCUGCUUUAGCCAUGCCCUCAUACACUUUUUGAAUUGAGAAAAAUCACAGGAAAAGGUGCCUUUGGAAUACUGGGAAACCUAUUAGCAGAACUGUAUUAAAAGGUGAUUCCCUAUUUCCCAAGGCUGCUCUGAGAACAGUGGGUUGAGAGGAGUGGGCUACCCACGUGUCACCCAGCUCCACUUGCCUCGUGGAAACCACCUGCAUACAGAGCCUCAAGCCACAGGCACCGAAGCCUUGUAGGGACACUCCUCCUGGUCCUAGGCUGGGUGGGAGCACCAGGAGACCUAGAGGAGGGCAGGGGCUGGAAGCCCCGGUGGUGUUUGUCCCUCGCCACAUCUCCCACCCCAUCUCCCUUGCACCAUGGCUCCCAGGAGCCCACGUGGUGGAAGCACCUUCUGCCUUCAGGAGGAAGUGUUCUUUGGAAACCAGAAGACCUUGAACCACUGUUCAUCUUCUGUCCUCCCUGUCCCAGUAGGGACCAGCUCUAACUUGUCUCUAAUAGGAGACUUGUACAUGGCAAGUUUUGCAGCCGACUUUUUUUGUAUCUGGGAGUGAAACUAUCUGUCCCAAAAGCCUUUGAGGAAUUGGCAAGAAUGGUGAGCAACUGCCUUCCUUCAGCAAACAGACACCUGGAGUGUCUCCUUAGUGUCUGUGUACGUGCAGGUCAAUUUGUAUAUACUCAUAGGCGGACAAAUACUCAUUUGAUUCUUCACUCAGAAAACAUACAUCUGGCAUAGGCUUGAGGAACUGCGUGGCACACAGGCACUGGGAAAGUCGCCCAUGUUGGAAGAGAUGCCAGUAGGCUGGGUGCCCAUGCGAAGCCAUCUUGAGAGUUUGGGAAGCCACCAGGGCCUCACCUCUGACCCCUACCAGCAUCACCUUAAGAGCCUCCACACACUGGCCAAUGGUUGUAUCUGUAGAGAGGAUUUUGCUUGGUUAUUUGUACUGACAUUUGACUUACAACCUAAACAGAAAACAGUCCCGCAGUGGACAAGCUCGAGGACAUAGACCGACCAGCCCCAGGAACCACUCAUCUGUUGGGUGGAACGCUGAUAGGGCUGCCUGCCCUGGCACACAUUCUCACAGAUGGCAGCCCUGACUGUCAGGCACCGCAGAUGGCCAGACUGCCCAGGUGAGGGGCCUUUUUCUGUCCAGGUUCUUGGAGUGAGCAAAUGAGGUUUGGACCCUAUGCUCACAAGAGUAAGUGAUCAGAGAUGAUGCCAGUGAUGUAGCCAUCAAGCAAAUGCUUAAGGGACACUGUUGCAGGACCCGGGGCUUAGGGUGCAGAACCCCAGAAGCACAAGCAUGUCCACACCAGCCAGAGGUCAGAACCACACCACGAUGGUAGUGGGAUGUGGGAGAGUUCUGUAUUCUGGUUCCACCAGAGGGUGAAACUGGGUUGUCACUUUUAGUAGGUGGCCUGCGGGCUGCAGAGUUGAGGCGGAUGGGGUUAGUCUCCCUUAAGAAAAAGUCUGUAAGGUGACUAAGCUUUCCCUUCUCUGUAUGCACUCGGACUUGUCAGAAGUGGUAAAAAACCGUCUUUCUGUGAUUCCUCUUGCUGUCUUGUACCUGUUUGGCUUGUUGUCCUUUACAGGGAAUUGUAGAUCCAGUUCUAAUAGGUGAAACCAGAUCACCAUUCUGAUACAGGAGGUUUGAAUUUGCAAGAUGUAUACUUUGCAUAUUUUGAUUACUUGUUUUAAUUUUUUACCAUAAAGGAGCUUUUUUUUUUUUUAUUUCAGAAAGGGGAGAGUGUCAUUUUCUGGAGUCAUGGGUUCCUGAAAAAGUGCGCCCUCACUCAUGGCUGGCCGGUACUGGGGUUUGGUAGUGGUGGUGUGUGGCUCAGAGCUCCUUCCUCUUGGUUGAGUGAUGGGUUCAGGUGGACCUAGGCAUUGUGACCCACAGGCCCUGUGCCCUGGAAGCAAAAGGAAGGAGCUGGGCAGUGGUGGAGGUGCCCUCUGCAUGUACACGUGGGGGCUGUCCCGCCAGGCAGGCUCAGCAUGCUCCGUGAAGGUGACUUUUGUGGAUAUUUUACCCUGCUCAGUUAGGUCCAGGUCCUGUCCCCCUCCCACCCCCCCAGCUCUGGGACAUCUGUCCUAUGGCCACCUUCCAUGCGCGGUAGUGGCAGCCCGUCCUGUGGGAAGCUUCUGUUUCUGUGCAUACUCUUCCUCGAGUCCCCACUUGUGCCCCCGUCUUGGGAUCUGUUGCCUCUUUGUCUUCCUCAUCUCUUCUUGGACCAAAAUCCUGAUUGGAGGCAGCCUUGUUAGUUCAGUCAUCAUAGCCCAAGUGGAUGAAGCCAUUUUGCAGAGAGAACCCGCCAAGAUGAAAAGUCCUGAACAAAGAUGGACUUUGGGCUUUUUACUAAAAUCCUUCCCUUUUUUCCUUGUUCAGAGUGCACCUGAGGUUUGUCAUUUUGACUGUCCUUGGGCAGAGUCUUUGCCUGUGUUAAGUUGAAGUGUUCACAUCUCACAUUCAUUUUCAAGUCUUGGUUGUAUAGGAGGUAGGAAAACCCUCCAGACACAUCAAGGGACUUCAAGCUGAUGCUCACUGCCUGCCCAGGGCAGAUGGCCCACAGGACCGGCUCCCCUCACUCCAGUCAGGGAGCCCCCCACAGGGUUUCUCAACCCAGGUUCCUCUCCCUUUCUCCAAGAAGAUGGGCCCCUCCUAGCCAUCCUGCCCAGGCCUUAGGAGGUAUCUGUGUGUGAAAUUUGUUCCCAGAAAAUCUCCAACAUCUGAGCAAGCAGGGGGCUGUGGAGUCAAGCUGGGUUUCAGCCUUGGCACCCACCACACUGCUCUCUUGGGCUUGUUUAAUGGGUCACGGAUGGGGCUGGGCCAUACAGUACCAGGGCUGAGGAGGUGGGGGGAGACAUCUAUGAAGUGACUGGCUUUGGUAUAGGCUGAGACUAGGUGGAGUGGCAGUCCUGGUGCUGGUUGGCCUGCUCCCUAGCCCAGCUCUAAGGCCCAUGGAAUCAGUAGGCCUUGGUUAGAACCCAUUUCUGCUGGAAUGUUGUGUGUUCCCACUGCCAGGCUACACUGGGAAGGGUAGAGUGAAGGAGGGUGAGGCCAAGUUCUCUCCUUCCUUAAUGUAAAGGAGGACAUGGGACACACGGAGCAUCUGGGCCUGGAGGGUUGCACCCUGCUUUGUGGUUCUCCGGUGCUGAGCUCACAUGCCCAGACAGCUGUGCUGUGACCUGCCUGCAAAGCUGACCUCUUUGAUGGGGGCCCAGUUCUUCACCAGAUGAGAGAUGUGACAAAGGUUUCUUUAAGCCCCAGUCAGCAGAAAUCACCCAAUCCAAUGGCCCCAAAGCUGGAGAAGGGGAGGGAAGCCAGUCUUCAGAGACUAGGCAGAGCCUGGUUUCCAUAUGGACAAGAACUUGGGCAAACACCUGCCUCCUUGAUUUAUCUUCUGGUUUGCAGAACUGAGAAUAUAUGGCCACUGCUUUGUCACCCCAUGCUCCAAAGCUUUUGGAGCCCUCAGCCCCUGGUCUUGCUGCUGCCUGGACAAGUGCCUGGCAGCGGAGGCAGGAGGGAGCAGUGAGCAGAGCACUGUGUGGUGGGCACUCUGGCCACCUGGCACCUGCCUUGCUUCCAUCAGGUGGGUGACCAGCCCAGGCCCCUGAGAGAACCCAGCCUUUACCCACCAUGAGUGCCUCUUCCUUCAGGAGACUAGCUCAGGGUGUGUGUACAGAUAAGUGUCUGCGUAUACGGAUAGCUUUUCUUCAUUAAUGCUUUUUAACUUUUCCAUGAUGAAUGGAUGAUUCAAAAUUAAAGUGACUGGAGUUGAAAGUGAGGAGUCAAGAUAAAUAAAGGCUGCCUCAUCAAUGAAUAUGGAAAGCUACAACCACUUGGUCUUUCCCACGUCAGACCCCAGAGUAGAAACAGCUGAGAGGAUAAGACUCUAGCAUUGGUCCCUACUAACCCCAGCGUUUGUGUUUAAAGAGAUCUUACCACUCCUGCCUGUGAUAUGGUUCCUGCCGUACAGCUCUGUCCCAUUCUAGCAGUCUGACUUGAGCCCAGAGCCCGUGAAGAGUGCUGGCUGGAGGAGGAGAGCCAGGGCUCAUUCCUACGCAGGGAUCCAGCCUGAUAGUCAGGCCACUCCCCACAGGCCUGGGCAAGGGCCAGGGGAGACGUGGUCACCCUAUGCAGCAAGUUCCCACUGUGCUUCUGAGCAGCUGCUUUGUUCAGCUGUGUCAGGAGGGUCAGACUGUGCCAUAACUGUUUUAUUAAAAACAGAAAACACACCCACCUUCCUCUCCCCCCUGCCGGCCAUUGUUCAUUGAGUUUACUGAGCAUGGCUUUGUAGACAUCAGGGAGGUUGCCAAAGGCCCGCAGACUCCUUUCUGACCAAGUUCUGAUUCUUGGUGUUCUAGCACCCAUUUGUAUGCUGGUCUUCAGCUCAAGCCCCUUUCCAGACUGCGAGAAGUGAGACUGGGUAGGGAGUGUUGAGCAGUUUGCUUUGGUGCAAUUCCUGUCUCCCAGAGAUGGCUGCAGAAUCGAUCAUCUUGGUGCUAAGAGGCAACUUGCCCUGUUUGUCCAGAGGCAAAGCGAAAUGUUAAUCAAACUGUGCAAGGCUCCCACCACCUGCUGUAGCCGAGUGUGAAACCAAACUGUCAGGCCAGUGGGGAUGGGCGCGUUACCGUGGGCGAAUGUCUGAACUGAAGGAUAGCACUUGCCUGUGGCUUGGACCUGGGUUGUGCCGAGGCAGGAGUAAGGCUGCUCUCUUUGGGCUGAGUCUCCAGGCCUCACAAGGUCCCCUGUGGGGAUGCUGCUAUUUCUAAGAUGCAAAUUGCACAUUUCCUAGAUUUUGUAUCUGUGGAUUUGGAUGAGGGAGGGCACAGGGACAAAUUGCUUGUACAGUUUGAAAUGGGCCUCAAUGGUACUUCAAACCUUUUGAUUAUUCCUAAAUAAAAACAUAAAUGUAUUUCA